AAAUUGUCAAGUGUCAAAAGCGUCAGCUGAUUAGAGUUAAUUGUUAAUCAGAUAAACAGAUUUAACAAUAAACACGCUGUUAAUUGUUAAUAACUGUUUCUACAUGGGAUUGUUAAGAAGAUGUCUCUUUUACAAGAAUUAAGUUACAAAGAAUACAAGGAAUUAUGCUCCUUAAGCAGUGAACUCUGUCAAGUGAUAGCUAAUUUGGCAAAUUUAAAUAUUGUUUUCAAUGAUAAAAAGAAUCCGGGACAGUUACUAUCAAAAUUUUUAGAUCGCAAGGGCUGUUCCUUAACUCAGUACAAAAAUUAUCUAAACAAGGCACUUAACACUAAAACAAUAAUCACAUAUUACAAACCUCAAACUAAAGUGGCAAUAUUGUUAGCUAAUAAUAAAUAUGAACAUUUGAGUAAAUUAGUGACGCCAUCUAUUGAUUGUGAUUCUUUGGCUUCGAAUUUAAAGAGGCUAGGUUUUAUAUCUAUCAUUGUUAUAAAUACGAGAAGUAAGGACUGCAAGGAUAUUUUAUCGAAAAUAUUUAAUGUUAUACCAGAGGAUUCAUAUUGUUUUAUUUUCUAUGCCGGUCAUGGUUGUGAGCUUUGUAAUACUAAAUGCAUCUUAAGUGUGGAUUGUCCGACGGAAGACAUAGAUUUGAAUCAUUGCGUCACAGAGAACUGGUUGUUAAGUGAAGUAGAGAAAUGUAAACCGGAAAUGUGUGUCUUAAUCAUGGACAUGUGCAGAAAGAAUUUGGAGAGAGAAACAAAUCCAAAAAUUUACUCAAACAUAUCAAAUUUAGAGAAUUAUUCGAUUCAUAGAAACUUAAUAAUAUGUUAUUCCACUCAAUCAUCACAAUCAGCAUAUGAAUUGCUGCAAAUCGAGCAUUCGGAGAGCAUCGACAAUGAUUUGACCUACGAGUUGAGGACGGGAGAUACUGACAAGAUACUGCCGUUUGGCAGUCAAUAUGUUAAUGUGCUGUGUUCUAGAAUCGGUGAUGAUUUUGACAUAAGUACAUUGUUGGACAAGGUUCAUGAAGAUGUUGAAAAUUCAUCAAAAAAGCAGAUACCUAUUAAAGUCCAAUGUGGUGUAUCUAAGAGAUCUCUGUAUGAUCCGGUGAAAGGUGACAUGAAGGCGCUUUUGGAUAACCUAACAAAAAUUUUAAAAGAAUAUGUGGAUAAUGAUUUAUUAUACUUUGUACAUUAAUAUGUUUAUUAAUUUUACUGAUGAGGUACUAUUAUACAUUUUCCUGAUCUCGUCCAAGUGAACCAUAGCGUAUC